UUCCGAUUUCGAUUCCGCACUUGGCCCGUGCUUUUCUAUUUCUCGACCACCAACCACUGCGUGCAACCGCAAAUGGUGCACGUUCUAGGCAUUAACUUGCCAGAUAAUCAGCUUGCUAGGUUUGCGCUCACUACAAUAUAUGGCGUAGGCCAUCAUACAGCCCACCGCCUCUGUGCGCGUUUCCAGAUUCACAACCGUUGCAAAAUCAAAGACUUGACACCUUUCCAAAUCACCGCACUUGCCUCGUUCCUUUCAUCACCCAAAACUGCACCACCCCUCCCUCGUUACCCCCUCGCACCACCCACCUUCGUUCCAGGACCUUCCAAUAAAUCAGCACAGGAUCUUUUGACAGAGCACAACAAUGUCAAGUUAGCUCAGCGGAAGAAAAGGGCACUGGAAAAGGGUCUCCCACCUCCGGAUCCCAGUGCAAAACACACGGAAACGAAAAGUCGCGAUCCUUUGAACGAUUUGAUUAUUGAGUCGGAACUGAGGAGGGAGAUUAGGGAAAAUAUUGCUCGCCAGAGGAUGAUUGGAAGUUAUGUCGGAAGGCGACACGCUAUGCAUCUACCAGUCAGGGGGCAAAACACACAGUCCAACGCCAAAACUGCCCGCAAGCUCAAUCAGCUCGACCGCUAUUAAUAUUCCAUUAAUUAUUCCGUGUUUUGAGCCAUCCGAUUUACAAAUACAGCGGUGAAAACCUCGU